GCCGCGUUCGGCCGCGCGCGCGGCUGCAAGAAACAAAAGAAGAUGGCGGCUCCCAGUGGUGAUGAUCGACGGAAGGCUGUCAAGGAAACUUUCGACGUGCUCUUGGAGAUGUCACAGCUGCUGAACACGGGUCUGGACCCGCAGUCGCUGGCGCUCUGCGUCCAACUGUGCGAAAGCGGCGUGAAUCCCGAAGCCCUGGCCUGCCUCAUCAAGGAGAUUCGCGCCCGAACGUCGUCCAACGUCAACAGUUCGAGCAUGCGGCCUGAACAUGCCGAGCGGUGACUGCGCUCAUCUACUUGAUGAAGAUCUGCUGACCCUCUAGUGUACGCCAGGAGCACUUAUGGCUACCCCUGCUGUCUACCCUGCCAGUCGACGAGAACAGCGUUGCGUAGCUGCUUCAGUACUCUUCACCAUCCCCUCGUUUCGGUGGCUACCAUGUUUACUGAAAGUCAGACAUAGAAGCUUCACAUUUGUGGCUCCCUCUGUGUCCUGCAAGUGGACAGCGAUUAGGUAGCUAAAUUAUUUUUAAAACAUGCUUGAGGCUUUAUGAUAAGUUGCCCAAGCAAUCUUGCAGUAGCAGAAAGGUUCAUUUUUUUGUUAUUGUUUUUCUUGUACACUCCUACAACUUGACUCCAAACUGCAGAAAUAAAGUGAAUAUUGUCACUCAA